GGCGCCGCGCCGGGCGGAACUGGCCCAGAGGCAGCGGCUGGCCGCCCGGUUCCCGGCCUGAGUGCGGUGGAAGCGCUGGGCCUGGCGGCCGACCUUAGCGCGUGGAUGGCGGAGGCCGAGGUGCUCCGGCUGCGGGAACUCAACCUGGCGCUUCUGAGGAAGCUGACGGCCGGGCAGGAGACCGUGCGGCGCCUGGUGGCGAAGGCGCAGGCGGCCGCGGGGUUGAGUGUGGACAGCAGCAGCGGCUGCGCCUCGGAGGCGCCAUCGUCCCGAGAGGUUUCCUCAGCGUCGCCGGUCACCUCCUCUGCAGAGGAAGCCCGCCUGGGCGAUGCCGGUCAGGGGUCCGGGCCUGGCAGCGCCCGCUCUGAGACAAGCCCUCUCCCACCUGCUGAGCACCCGCGCCAGGAGUCCCCGGGUCCCGGGACACCCCACUCCACCCCCUUGGGGUCUGCUGCAGACUCAAAAGAACCAGAGUCCUCAGAGUCUGAGGAUUUGGGGUUCCUGGACGCUCGGGCUCACCAGAGCAGCCCUGUCAAGGAUGUGACCGACCACACGGGACCCCCAGUCCCAGAGAGCAGCUGGCGCCUGCGACCGUACCUGGGUUAUGACUGGAUUGCAGGGUCACUGGACAUCAGGUCCCCAGUCAGCAGCAAACCGGAAGUCUUCUUCUCCAAGCUGCAGGAGUUCCGGGAGGCGAACCAGGAGGACUGCUUCGGCCACCCGCACGAGUCCCUGUUGGCAGGUGUGCCGGCACCCAGUAACGUCGAGGGGGACCACGAGUGCAUCUACUGCUACCGAGUCAACCGGCGCCUGUUCCUGGAGCCGUCGGACCCCGACAGCCCCUGUCGCCUGUGCCGGAAGCCGCGGGGCCAGGGGGACCCCAGCGUGGCGGGGAAGCCGGUGCAGGUCAGGGUGAGCGUCCCCAUGUCGGCCCUCGACCCCCCGCACCGGCCCCGCAUCCACCGGCGGAAAAGCUUCGACGCCUCCGACACGCUGGCGCUGCCCCGGCACUGCCUCCUGGGCUGGGACAUCCUCCCCCCGAAGCCUGAGCAGAGCUGCGCCCCGGAGAACCUGGACCUCUGGUCCUGCGUCCCCGCUGACUCGCAGCGUCAGAGGCUGCCCGCCGCCAGCUCGUCCUUGUGACCCUGCGCGAGAGUCCAGGAGAGGAUGAGGCUGACCCCUCCACCAUCCAGGCCGACUGUGGGGGAGUCCCGGCCGGGCACGCAGUGGCCAGAGGCGCCCGCCCCCGUCGUGGCACCCUGAGAACAGUCCCCCGCUGCAGGGGUGCCGCAGGGCGAACCUGCGCUCAGUGGGAUCUGGGCCCAGGGCUGGGUCACCUGGGGCGGGGCGUGGGGGUCCCCGGGACAUUUCUGCCAAUAAAACUCGGAUUCCCCGGAA